CAUCAUUAUAAGCAUACGAACACUGAUCACUUCCACUUUCAUUGUAUCAUUUUUAUUCGAUCGUGAACAAAAAUGAAGCUACCUGAAGCUUUCAUAUUAGUUAUCUUAUAUUCAUCAACAACAACAUCAAUAGCAAGCUACUCCAAGGAUGGAUGCGAAGAUAUGUGUGGGAAGGUGAGGAUUCCAUUCCCUUUUGGAAUCGGGACGAGUUGUUCGGUCAACAGAUGGUACACGGUUGAUUGCAACUCCUCGACGCCAUAUCUAUCUGCAUUCAACCACCUCCAAGUUUUGGGUGUAAACUUGGAACUUCAAACAAUCACUGUUAACACACCAAAAUACUAUGAUUGCCAAAACCUAGGCAGUGAAACUAGGAACAUUGAUCUAGGUAAGAGCCCCUUUCUAUUCUCCAAAUCACAUAAUAAAUUUGUUUUUGAGGGGUGUGGUAGUGCUCGCAUGAUGGAUCAUGGAACUCAUGUGCUCACCGGUUGUUCUAACAAUUGUUUAAAUGACACUCUAAGCGACAGAAACAGCUGCUUUGGCGACAGUUGUUGCCAAAACACAAUUCCUCGUUAUCUCAAGGCGUACGAUAUUAACAUAACAAGGCAGAGUGGAGAUGAUAGAGGUUGUGGGUCUGCUUUUUUGGUGGAUGAAACUUCAUAUGUUGAAGGGGACAACAACUCGUAUAUUCCAACAUCGCUUCUUUGGACCCUAUCGGACGCUGACAUAUAUGUUUAUCCUAUGGUUGAUCUAGGCGAUAAAGUAAGAUGUUAUUACCAGCCGAGUAUAGUUGAGGUCGAUCUAGGCGAUGGUACUCCAUUGAAAUCUUGGAAAUGCUCCACUUGGCCAGGAGAAGGAAACCCUUAUCUAUUUCAUGGAAUAAAUGUUACAGAUGAUUGUGCAAAGUGCCGGAGGAGUGGAAACGACUGUCACUAUGACGAAAUAUAUGACCCAGAUGGCGUAUUAAUCAAAUGGAAUGCCACAUGUGUAGACUAUGGUUGGCUUAAUGAUAAAGAAAACAAAAUAUCAUUGGGAGUUAUUCUAGGUAAUGCCUAUUCUCGAUCUCUAAUUGGUGCUUAA